AUGGCCGCUCCCGCUACCGUUCCCGCCAGAAGAUCGACACCGGGAUACGCCUCGUCUCUGGUCCCCCGGUCUCCGGCUCCGUCCCCGUCUCCGGUUCUGCCGUCGGUCCUGGCUCUGGCUCUCGCUCUAGCUCCGGCUCCGGCCCUACCUCUCGGUCUGUCUCCGCUGCUGUCUCCACCAGCGCGUCCCCGGCCCCGUCUCCUCCCCAACCCGGUUCUCAGCCGUCGCUGGCCCCCUCUCGGCGCGUCUCUCAGCUCGCCUCAUGGGAGGUGCCCUGGUAGCCUAGUGCCUUGGUUUUGUCGCACGUGGCGGCCGUACCCCCCGCGACGCAGUCCACCGACGCUAGGAGCAGAUCAUGGGCCAUUGCAUGGACUGACGGUGAAAAGAGAGCAGAGAGUCCAUGUCGACGACCUGAAGGAAUAUAUCACCCGUCUUCCCAAGACGGAAUAUGAACAAUGGAUGGCUCGCCAACAGGGUGGUGUGUCCUUGAUUGACUUAACUUGCCCCGGCGGCGGUGGUGUUAUCGGCCUUGGCCAUCUCGUCUUUGGGCGCAUCUUCGGGUGUUUUGUCGGCAUCAGCCUCGGUCUGCUCUAUAUCCUUAAAUGUAUAUUAUGGUUUGUUAGUAUUAUCCUCGGUCUGCUGCGUAUGCCUAUGCUGUUGGGCGGCCUGGCUUCUAACUUAGUUAUAGACUUAUGA